AUGGCCGACGCCGACGAGGAUGCCAUUCCUCGAACCUCUACCACCGACCAGGACGAUCUCGAGGACGAGACCCAAGAUUUCCGCUUCCUCAACCAAAUAACGGCUGUCACGCGCACAGGACAAACCACAAUCCCCAAACGUGGCACCAAAGACUUUGAACCGAACCCUACGCGCUCGCAGUCCUCGGCCCUCGAUGCGUCCCGCCUGGCCAUGCACACUGCCCUCAGCUCGGUACGAAUACAUGCGGGCAAGAACCAUGUCGUGGGCCAAUAUUUGCCCAACGAAGGGGACUGGAGAUGGGAUGAAGAUGACACAGGCGCGAGACAAGGACGAUGCGUGGUGGUGCCGAAGUUCAAGAGCACGCACUCCAAGGUCAUGGGCGUGGGAGACAGGAACAACUGGACUUGGUUUCUACCUGAGGAGGCUCUCUGGCUGCUGGAGAGAGGGAAUCUUGAUAUCCGGUGGCCGGACGCCGAGGUAGAGGACAUCCUGGAGGAAGCUCAACGCAAGGAAGAGGAGAAUGAGAAGGAUGUCAAUCUAAUCACCUCGGAGAAUGGUGCCGCCGCCGCCUCCGCCCGCGAGCCACAGCUACCUCAAGAUGGCGAGCAGCCUGAGCUGAAAAUAGGCGACUUGCCUAUGAGUGUUCAAGGCGCGUAUGCCAGUCUCAUUGGCACGGACGGCUUGACGCUGGAACGAUAUACAGUCUAUGCGGGGCUGAAGAGAGCAGGGUAUAUCGUCCACCGAGCACCAACUUGGCAUGACACCGAUGCUGUUCAACCAAAUGGUCACAAUUACGAAAAUGUAGCUCCCUCGACGUCUUCAUUACACACGCCGUCACCAUCAAUAGCAUUACUGCGAUUACAACCCCAAUCAACCUCCCCACGCAGUCUUUCUCGACCUUCCUCUGCAAUAUCCAACAUCGCAUCCCUCAUUCACCGACUGGUCUCGUACCUCUUCCGCCCUCAACGCAGUGAAUCUUGCUCCUCACUCGGCCCACUCGUCGCACCGGGCCUAUACAGAAACUACGCCGACAUUUUCCGCGCACUGGCGCUGAUACCGUAUCAUGACGGAUCAUCUUCAUCGCACAGCCUCAGCACCGGCACCGACACCAUCGCGGCACCCAACGACACACAAUCACAAUCACAACGACCUCAGCCACCUUACCGGAUCCACUUUCACGUCUGGAAACCCGCCGCCUCCAGCACGUUUAAGAAAACAUCCCCCCCUCCACCGGACUAUCGCAUCUGCGUGAUCGAUGCGCGGACCACACCCUCGAUCCCCAGUCUUGCUCAAAUCGGCCGCCUCCUAGAUUCUCAGCCGGAGGACUUCCUGACCAGAGACAAGGCAGGCAAGCUGGAGACGCGGAUCAAAUACGGCAAAAGGAACGUGCUCCUCGCAGUUGUGGACAUGGGAGUGGUGAGUUAUCUGCGGUUGAGUGAUGCGUGCUUUGGAGCCGAGAAGCUAUUCGAAGAGAAGAUCAGGGCGGGGACCAAGGGGGCGAGGAGACCGCAGGGGAAAGGGAAAGGGCAGGCGCAGGGCCAAGGCCGUCGACCAGGUCAGACGAAGCAGAUUUGA